CUGAGGAUGCUGCUGCUGCUGCUGUUCCCCAUGGCCUUUUUCUUGCCCCCUGAGGCUCAGGCUGGGGAGAUCAUUGGGGGACAGGAAGCCCGGCCUCACUCCAGACCCUACAUGGCCUUUGUGAAAAUAGAGAGAGAAGGAAAAGGAGGAAGCAUGUGUGGAGGGUUCCUGAUCCAGGACGACGUGGUGGUGACAGCAGCUCAUUGUAACUGCAACCCGGGUAACAUCUCUGUGCUGCUGGGGGCCCACAACUUUGCAAUAGAUGAACUGGGGAGGCAGAAGAUUUCGGUACGUCGCCGAAUCCCCCACCCUGAAUUCAAUGACGAGACAUUUGAAAAUGACAUCAUGCUGCUGCAGCUGAGGAAUAAGGCCAAGAUGACCCAGACUGUGGGCACCAUCUCCCUGUCCCAGGAGAUGGUGAAGAAGGGGACAGUGUGCAGCGUGGCUGGCUGGGGCCAGACCAGUAUGAAGACAAAUGCCCAGCCCUCCCGAACCCUGCAAGAAGUGGAACUGACGGUCAUGGGGAAAUGUAUGUGUCUGUCUCGGCCCUAUCUGCACUAUGUCCCGUCCAGAAUGCUGUGCGUGGGGGACCCCCAGGAGAGAAAGGCACCAUUCCUGGGUGACUCCGGGGGCCCGCUUGUCUGUAAUGGGAAGGCUACUGGCAUUGUCUCCCAUGGCACUGGUGACGAGUCAACUCCCAGUGUGUUUACCAAGCUCUCCAAAUACGUAUGCUGGAUCAAGAAAACUCUGCGCAAGCUGAAGCCUUAGAGGGGAGUGUCCCUCUCUAGUGUGAGUGGAGAGAUAGAUGGGUAUUGCAGAGCGAUGGCUGGCUGGCUGGAUAUUGCAGAUGGAUGGAUGGAUGGAUAGAUGUGUAGCCAAUGAUUUUAGUUUUUUGCUCAUUUCUUGUGUGAUGUUAUGAUUAAUUAACAUGUUAUGCCGUACAUAAUCCUUCUAUGCUCAGUAGAGUUAAGUUGUAGCAUUAUAGAAGUAUAAGAUUGAUCAGUCGUCGAAGUGAUAAUUAGGUAUUAGGUAUCUAAAUAAGGAGGUCUCAAACGCAAGGCCUACAGGCUGAGGCCUGUAAGAUUUUAGCUUAGCCAUAUUAGGCCAUAGGCUUAAGCAAUGCUUGACAUCAGUAAGUGACCAAAGAAUGACCCUAUGCCACAAGAUAAUGGGAAAAGAUGUACCCAUGGAGGAUAUUGUAAAAAUUAACAGUAAGAGUAGUUUUUGCUUACAAAAUAUCCAAUAGUCAGAUUUUUCUACCGCAUGUCCUAACCGCAAGGUGUACUAUGUGUGGAAAUGCUAAUGAGGAAUAGUUGGAAUCGCGUUAUAAAAAGAGGGUGCCCAGAUUAGGAAAACUGAGCUCCCUAUUGGAUACCCCAGCAGGAGCCACCCCUCCAUUGAUGCCAGCAGCUAGAGGACAGGGAGUGAAAUUAACAAGCAAACAUGGCGGAGAUGAAGGCGCCAACAGAGCUGAGAUACUACAGCAAUGGGUAACACAG